AUGUCUAGUGAGCCCAAACGAACAAUAUAUUUAAAUAAUCUCAAUGAUAAGGUUUCCAUAAAUAAGCUUCGAUCGAACUUAGCUACUCUUCUUCAACCUUAUAACCCAACCAACAUUAUUGUUGCUAAAACACUUCGUCUCAAGGGACAAGCGUUCAUUACAUUCCAAGAUGUGACUAAUGCUCAAGCUGCAAUCAAUCAGCUAAACAAUAAACAGCUUUUUAGCAAAUCGAUGCGUGCCUCUUUUGCUCAUCUAGAAAAUGAUGCGGUACUAUCCCCCAAAGAGCAACAAGAACAAUAUUCACGACGAUACACGGGAAAAAUUGAAAGGAACAAAGUGGCAAAAUUAAGCCGUGGAAAACCAGGCAAUCAACGAGCAAGUACAAAGACAAGAAAAGGCGAUGCUGUUGUUGAAGGGCAAAGGGAGAAGAACAAUAUUGAUGUGUCUAUGUGGAAGAAUUUGCCGCCUAAUCAUAUUCUUCUCUUGCAGAAUAUUAGCAGCACACAAGUGUCGAAGGAGACUAUUGAAGCUCUAUUUACCAACUUUGAAGGAUUUGAAAAUACAAGAUUUGUCAAGGUGCGAAAUCUAGCAUUUAUUGAAUUUGAGAAUGAAGAAUUCGCCAAACAGUGUCUUGCUGCCAUGGAUGACACGGUGUUGAAGGAAAAAUUCGGCAACGAUAUCAUCUUUUCCUACGCAAAGAAAUAG